ACCCUUUACAUGGACGGCGUAAACGCGUAUCACAAUUCGGAUUGGUUCGGCUGUAUCGAUCGGCUGGAGCGAUCACUGGAAAAGGUGCUAAAAGAAGAGCAGCGAUGCCGGCUGGAUUGCCAGGACAAGAUUGAUUGGAGCAGCGUGGAGGGCACGCUCGAGAUGGACAUCAUUGAGACGACAUCGGUUCUGCGCUGUGCGCACGGCUGCUUCGACCGUUUGGGCUGGGUGAAUGGCCGGAAGGUCGGUGGGCACAUCAUCUCGGCACACUUUGAAUACAUGCACAUGUGCCAAUAUCAAGUGAUGCGUGGGACAGACGCUUGUAUCUCGGUGGCCAACUAUCUGCUUUUUGACAACUCUCCGGCGAUGAGGCGCAAUCGCUGGGCGUACGAGAUGCAGUACGGAAAGCCGGAGCUGUUUAGACCGGAUCAGAAAUACGUCGACAUUCACCGAAAAAUGAUCCUCGAGCGGCGACUGCUCAACUAUAUUGAACGCGAAUUUAAGGUGUCGAAGGCUAGUCAGAUGGCUGCCGAGAGUGGAAAAGAUCGGGAAAAAUGGAAUGAAGAUGUCGACGACAAGGAUCAUUUCCCCUACGGGGAAGUGGGGAAGUUGCUGACGGACGGCGAGUGCCGCGUGCUCCGCGCCCCGAUCCAAACCCAUUUGACCGAUCUGCUCGUCGAAGAGUUGACAAAGCGGUCG